UUGCAGCUUUUUGCUCGCAAAGCAGAGAGAAAAUGUGACUCUUGUCCACGCAUUGGCAUGAUCGGAGCAAAAACGUGUUUAACUCUUCUCAACUGGCAUUGUAAGUUUCCUAAAUGGGGGGCGAUUUGUGCAGCCAUGUCCUACCAGAGGACACUCAGAUUGCUGCUGACGUCAAUCACGUCAUGGAAAAAAGGUCAGUGGUGUUUGGAAAACGUGGUUUACAUUUUUACCGGCUGCACGGUUCGGAAAACAGAAGCUGUAAAUAUUUAGAGGGAUGUGAGUAAAUGAUUUGUUUGCUUCACCAGAAGACGUUGGCUAUAAAAAGAGCAGGAAGAUUCAAUUUACUCGCACACAUACCUGAGUUGAUUGAAUCCUCUUGACUGACAAUGGAGGCUGCUAUUGGUGUGCUGGUGUCCCAGUUCAAGGCGUACGCUGGCAGCGAUGGUUCCACUGACACACUGAGCAGAGAAGAGUUCCACCGACUGGUCACAUCAGAGCUCCCAAACUUCGUCAAGAACGCCGCCGACCCCGCUGGCGUUGACCAGCUCAUGACCUCAUUGGACAAGGACAGUGAUGGAGAGCUCAACUUCAUGGAGUUCUGGCAGCUGAUUGGGUCUCUCGCUAGCAAGCGUGGGGGGUUCAGCCAAUAGUGCGCUGUCCUCGGAUCCAGUCAGAUCUGUUACAGUUUCGUGCGUGUAACGGACUUGUCCGUGUGCCAAACCUUUUGUAAAAAAAAAGA